GACCAAAAGAAGACGCUGAAGCAACUACAAAUGUGCUCUGAUUGAUCAAUUCUCGCGAUCAGCUACGUUGCCGGUGGGCCAAUUCGCGCUUUGCCGUCGUCGUUGGUGUCGUCUCCAUUUCGAUUUGUACACUUUUUCUCACUCCUAUUUUUUGCCUUGCGCUUUUCAGUGGAAUUGAUUUGAUGGGUGAUAUAAAAGCGUACGAUCGUUGCGAACGGCUAACCAUAAGACGCCUGCAAGUCUAGCUGACUGGACACGAGCGACGAGAGUGGAUAUUGGAUUUACAUUGUCUGUCUUCGACGCAUUGAAACGAGUCUUGGCGUAAAAUUUGAAAGCAUUUGCAAAUUGGUGAAAACAUUUGAGAAAAUAAAAUUAGAAUUUUAAUUAAAAUUUUUUUAAAUUGAAAUUAAGGUGUAACAAUAAAGCAAAAAAAUUUAAUAAAAUUUAGUGCGGUAAAUAUUAAAAAGUCGAAGCAGCAAAAGAAAAUUAAAUAAUAUAUACCUUUGUCUUUAAAUGUGAAGAAAAAAGUUAUACAGGACAAAGUGCAAGAUUUUUGUAGUUCGGACUCAAAAAAAAAAAAGAAAAAAAAAUUUAAGUGGUAACUCACUUAAUAAAAAAAGCUCCGUAGAAGUGUACAAAGUCAGCAGCGUAGCAAGUGUGCAACAACGGGACGUGUGGUUAAAAGAGCAAAAGUGUUUUGCAACCAGUGGAUUAAGCAACAAAAUUUUAAUUAAAAGAAAAGUUUUUGCAGUAACAAACUGACAUAUAAUGGAAAUAAUGCCGCAAAGAUACUUACUGCAAGCAGCUCUGGUGCUAGUAUACUGCAGCGUAGCUUUGGCGUGUCGCGGACAACUGUUGGUAUCUGGCCUCUCACCUGGCGAACGUGAGAUCAUCCUGCACGAGCACAACAAAUUAAGACAACUAGUGGCGACAGGUCGCUAUCCAGGCCAACCGGGCGCAGAAAAUAUGCGUGAAAUCGUUUGGGACGAUGAGUUGGCGGCGCGUGCGCAACAGUGGGCUGAUAAUUGUGAAUUCCGUCAUGACCCCCUACGAACGAUCAAUCGCUUCACCAUGGGCCAAAAUCUUGCAAUCAUCUGGAGUACGGCCCCACUAGAUCCAACCGACGGCGAUUUUCCAUCACGCAUCCAAAGCUGGUUCAAUGAGGUGCAAAGGUACUCAUUUGGCGAUGCUUGGUCACCCAAAACCGGUCAUUACUCACAGCUGGUCUGGGGUGAAACAAGCUUGGUUGGUUGCGGAUUUUCUGAAUACAAAGAUACAACCAAAUAUAACAAAUUGUAUGUUUGUAAUUAUGGACCAGGUGGAAACGUCGUCGGUUACAAACCAUAUGAGGAGGGUAAGCCAUCGUGUGCCACAUAUGGUUUGAGAUCGUCAUCGCGUUAUCAGGGAUUAUGCGCACCAUCGGUAGCGCCCAUAGUUAGCGCCAACGCUAUUGACACGUAUGAGUACAAGCAAAAUAACAACAACAAAAAAACCGCAUAUUCAACGCAAUCCGCUACAACUUCAACCUCUUCUUCCUCCUCCUCUUCUGUAUAUUCCCCAAAACAGGCGACGAACACAUUUGGUCAGCGUAAGACUACAUCCGGUACAACAAGUUCAACGUUUGGUACCACAGUAUACACAACAACAAAUAACGGCAACAAGGCGUACACAACUCAGACCGGUGACAACAAAUAUAAGAACAAACUUGAGGCAUAUCGCCCGUCCACAGCCGAAUAUCAGAGGGCCGUACAGAAACACACCCUUCUAAGGACAUAUCUAAAUAAUCCGAAUUUGAGUGAACAACAAUUGCAGCAAGAGGCACAAAGGCAACAACAACAGCAAGAUGGUAAUGGAAAUGUUUUUGCUGUAUCAGAAGUAUUCGUUUUCGAUAAUACAAAACAAAACAAACAGCAAGUUGCCAAUACAACACCGCAGCCGGCUAAGCGUGGCUGGAGUCUUUUGACGUGGCGUGGCUAGAUAGUAGCAUGUGGGAGUAGGGCAUAGCCAUGAGUAUAUAGUAUAUACAUACAUACAUAGAUGGAAUGAAAAGUGAAGGACAGAGAAGUACUUUUUUAAGGAAAAAAUUGCAAUUAAUUUUGGUUAAGGCAACAGGGAAAGCAGCCACCGUGAAUUACUACUGUGUAGUAAAGGAAGGAGAAAACUUCAGUGGUAUGCCAUAGAAAGCGCAAUUCAAAAAAAAAAAUAAUAAUACUCUACAUUGAAGAGAUCUUUUUUCGACUGCAGUAAAUUUGUUUGCCUUUGAGUAGCCAUUCAAAUCGUAAUGCAAUAAUGAAAAUAAUAUUCCUAAUUUUGCUCAAAUUAAAGUUUACUAUUAGUA